UUUUCCAUCAGUAUAACUCAAGUAGCGUUCGUGUAAUGCAACGUGUACGUACAUGAAAGCAGAAAUCACUAUUCAAAGUAGUUUCAUUUACAUUUAUGUUCGCACAAGUCGCAUUCUUCACUUCAGUGACUGCUAUCCGCCGGUGAUUUUAUUUGAGUUUUGCAGUUUUCAGAUCAUGAAAAAAUUGUUCGGUCGGAAAGAAGUCAACUCGCCGCCGCAGAUGAGUCCUACCUUGGCGCCUGCGUAUACUAUUGAACGCUAUUCCGCGUAUUACCCAAUGAAUCAUAAGCACCGCGGCCAAGCAAUCAUAUUUGCACACACAACGUUCGAUGAGAACCUGGAGUUAACCAACAGAGAUGGAAAUGAUGUGGAUUGCGACAUGCUGGUGAAAUCGCUCCAACGGUUGCGAUUUGACGUGACCCUGCGCAAGGAUUACUGCAUGGAUUGUAUCCUUAAAGAGAUAAAGAGAGUUUCCGAAAUGGAUCAUUCCGACAGUGACUGCCUGCUGGUUGCUGUUCUUUCGCAUGGCGAGGAAGGUGAAGUAAUCUACGCCUAUGACAAACCCUAUCAGAUAUCGAGCCUUUGGACAUUCUUCACCGGAGACCGAUGCCAGACGCUUGUUGGAAAACCAAAAAUCUUCAUCAUUCAAGCAUGCCGAGGAAACGAUUUGGCUUCCCGCGUUAAAGUCGAAAAAGAUGGCGUAGACAGAUACAGUAUUCCAACGAAUGCCGAUUUCCUGUUCGUGUUCGCUACGUUUCCCGGCUUCAUAUCCUUCCGCAACCGCAUAGCUGGUUCCUGGUUCAUCCGCGAGCUGUGCAACGAGUUGAACGAAAAUGGACAACGAUUUGAUAUGUUAACUUUGUUGACUUUUGUGACUCAAAAAGUGGCCUACAGUAAUGAAUCAUAUAAUCCAGUCAAACCACAUUUGCACAUGAAGAAACAAACUCCCUGUGUGGUAUCCAUGUUAACCAGACUAUUGCUAUUCAAUCAUGUGUAGGUAAUUAAGUGGAUGUAAAAGUUUUAAUGCUAAGUUGGAAUAACCAAUACCAAAGAGUCCAUCGUACAUUUUAAAAUAGGGUAUUGGUUCCCUUAUUAAGCAUGUGGUUCCCAUUUUCAUCCUGAAAAUGUUUUGUUUCUUAUUGUUGUAUUUUUUGUUAGAAAUGAGCACCGAUGAAAACAAAAUGAACGGAAUCAAUCGGUGCCGUAAUCGUUUGUUUUCGAAUACGAUGAACAUGGGAGCGUGAGAUUACUGAUGACACACAUACCCUAUAUUUGAAUCACUUUGAACAUUGUUCGUCUAGUCUAGUUCAUUUAUAGUUUCACAGUUCGCAGAGUGCUAACAACAUGAAUUUCUUUUGUUUUAUUUAAUAUGAGUUUAAGAGUGUUCAACUACUCUUUUAAAAUUUUAUCAAUAAAAUAUAUGUACUAAAAUAUCCUAAAGCCCAA